ACUUUACAAUUUUCUUGAUCUAUGUAUACUAAUAUGGGGGUAGUAAUAAUUACUACAAUGAUGAAGGUGCGUGUGGAAUAGGCAUCAACUACGGACUGCUGGGUGACGACCUCCCGCCUCCCUCCGACACCAUUUCACGCCUGCGCCAACGCAGCGUCCGCAAAAUCCGUCUCUUUGAACCCGCCCAAGAUGUUCUCACAGCCCUGCAUGACUCCGGGAUAUCGGUAAUCGUCGGCACCCGAAACGAAGACCUUCGCCCUCUCGCCUCCGACCCUGCCGCUGCUACCGCAUGGGUCGAGAAGAACAUCCUCCCCCAUUCCUCCUCCGUUCAAAUCACAUCCGUCGCAGCCGGCAAUGAAGUAUUCCCAGGGGAUUUAGCGCAGUACAUACCUGACGCAAUGCAAAACCUAGACGCCGCACUGAGGGCCGCCAGUGUCUCCGCAACCGUGACCACGGCGGUCUCCAUGCAAGUACUUUCAAACACCUACCCUCCUUCGCAGGGCCAAUUCUCCGCCGAAGCCGCCCCCAUAAUGACGCAAAUCACCAAAUUUCUAGCAUCGAAGAAUAGCCCUCUCCUCGUGAACGUCUACCCUUACUUCGCCCGCAUCGGCGACCCGCUCAACGUAGAGUUAAACUACGCCCUCUUGGAAGACGGCGCUGCAGCCGUGCCCGACUGCCCACACACUUACCAGAACCUGUUCGAUGCAAUGGUGGACGCAUUCCACGCCGCGCUCGAGAAUGCUGGUGGAUCCAACGUUCAGCUCGUGGUCUCGGAGACGGGGUGGCCGUCGGACGGAGGCAGAGACGCGAGCGUGGAGAAUGCUCAGACGUACAACAACAAUCUGAUUCGACGGGUGUCGUCGGGAGAGGGGACACCGAGGAGGCCCGGAAAGGAUAUAGAUACAUACAUAUUUGCAAUGUUCAAUGAGAAUUUGAAACCCGAGGGAGUUGAGCGGAAUUGGGGGCUGUUUUACCCCAAUCUCACCGAGGUUUAUCACGCAAACUUUUGAUCCCACAAGUCUUUGUCGUCAAAGAGUUUCAGACAUUAGAGCAAGAGAUAAGUAGGGGAGUUACGUAAUUCUA